UUCCUCUACAAGAGACCACCGCACCGCUUCUAAAGGUGAGCAGACUCUGCCGAGUCGGUCAUUCUCGUAAUUUCCACCAACUUGGAUGGCAAGCCACUAACCCCCUUUCAAAACCUCUCCCCAAAACCCCCUCCAAAAUCUCCACCCAUUUCCCUUCCCCCAAAUCCCUACACUCAAGCUCUUUCUUCUUCCUCCUCACUCUCCCUAUUUUUUUUCCGAUUUUUUUUCCCAAAACCGAAAAAAAAAAAAAAAACACAGAGACAAAGACAAAAACCUGAAAAUCAAACGUAACACACGACGUAGCAACAGCAAUGGAAGACUACAUGAGAGGCUGUACGAGGAAGCUGGCGCUCUGGUACACGCGGACGUUCAAGCCCAUUAUGACCCACGACGAGCUCGAGCCCAUCAUGGCCACCUUCGGCUUCGUCGGCCUGCCACCGGCGGGCUCCGCCAAGGAGUACGUCUUCUCCGCCGCCGUCGGCCGCCGGAACAAGUGGGUCCCGGCGGCGGAACCGCCUUUUCCGAGGCCGAGGCUGCCGUACCCGAGAAUCGACGGGCUUCAUAUUUACACGUACCGGGCCUUUAUCGACGCCGUUAACUUUUACCUUGAGAUGUGUAACAUUUCCGAUCUCUUCCAUGUCAGAGGUAUGCCGCUCCAUGAUCUCAGUCGAAUUAGUGACAGAAACCGAAAGUGGCGGAAAAUGGAAGAAGAUGACAGUGUGUUUGUUUACAGAGAAGGAACACUGGAUCAAGCUACAUUCAAUCUUUAUCACCCUGCUAGUAAGAGCAUCAGCAACAAUCCCAAUAGCGGCAGCAGCGGCGGUCACAAUUCGAUCCUUAUUCGGGAUAAGGGAAGCAAUACCCCUGCCAGCUGCAUUGUUCCUUUGAAAGAUAUCAUAGUAUGAGAGUGAUACUCAUCAAGGUUGUAACUUGGAAGAAUAUAAGCAACAAAAACCUCACACAAUUAUCUUCAUUUUAUAAACCCAAAAUUUUGCUUUCCCCAUCCACUCUUCCUUUCAUGUGUGUGUGAGUGCGAAUGUGUGCUCGCCAAAUUUUAGUUUAAAGAAUGUUCAAAUUAACUAGCUCUUGAUUCA